AUGCCAGAAGUGGAGGAAGUUUUAGAAAAACCUGCUCUUCCGGUUGUACCUCCUAAUUGUGGGCCUCCGACAAUCGCUUUAAGUCACUUAAUAGACUUUGCUGUUCAACAAAUCUAUCAUGAGCUCACUGUGUUGUCGGAGUUGUUACCAAAAAAGUUGGAUUCUGAUAGGAAGAUCAGUCUUGUCCAAUUUGCUCAUUCAACUCGCAUGCUAUUUGUGAAACUCUUAGCUUUGGUUAAAUGGGUUAAGUCAUCUAAAAAAUUUGAAGCCAGUUCGGCUAUUUGUUAUCUGCUCGAUCUCCAAAGCAACUAUUUUGUUGAAACUGCUGAUAGAUUAUGUACAUUCACACGUGAAGAGCUUGUGCUUGCCAGGUUACCUCAGUUCCAAAUCACAGCCGCUGUAGAUGUUCUCGCUCAGGGAACAUUUUCUCGCUUGCCUCUAUGCAUAAAAGACACUAUUAUCAAAGAAAGUAAGAUUUCACCUAAAGAGCAAGCUCAAGUUCUUAUGAGAUUGAACCAAAUUUUGCAAUAUCGCGUGUCCCGAUUAGCAGCUAAGCUCUCUCCAAGAAUCAAAGAAAUCAAAAUUCGGAAUGGAAUGGUCACCUUAGUUGUUCCUGGAGAGUUCGAGGCAGCUCUUACUGUGUUAGGAGAAACUGACAACACUAAGUGGACAUUACUGAAUAUAAAGAUGUUAGUUGAAGAUCACGAAAUUGGCUAUGGAACUCAGCUGGCUCAUCCAUUACAAUUGAAUCUAAUUCACAAUGUCAUUCAGUCGAGGAUGAAUGUCGCAAACAAUCCGUUAAACGAAGUCUAUUCUGUAUUACAUUCUUUUGCCCAAACCCUUCAGCUUGAUGUACUUUUUUGUCAGUGUUCCCAAUUAUCGGCGGGCCGUUUAAGGGGAAAAAUUCUGAUAGAAAAGUAUGAUGUUAAAGAGCGUUCACUUACAGUUGGUUAUUGGGUUCAGCGUGUGUCUCAUAGAAAAGGAAGUGUUCAUGUUAGAUUGGUCCCACAAUAUCGUGUAACUAUUUAUGGUAGUAGCGAAGAAGAUACUCCUCUAAGAGUUAAACAUUCUCCAAAUUUCCCAAAUCUCGGACAACUUGACGAUCGUACAGGUCGAUUAUCAAUUGAUCGCUUAUUGUCGGAAACAUUUGCUGUUCGUUGUCGUGAAAGGCUGUUGCGUAUAAGAAAACGACUUGAAGCCGCUGAGCCUAAAGCUCUGAUUGCGUUAACUGGGCAAGCUGCUCCUUGUUUGUAUUUCCCUUUGCUGAGGGACAGUGUUGACAACGUUGAAGAAUGUCUAUAUGUAUCCGUGAGCAUGUCCACAGGGAAAGUCUUAUGUACGAUCUCUGCGAUAGAAACUUCUGGAGCCAAGAAAAUCAAAGAAUUGGAGAAGGUUUUAUACGAUUGUCAUUCGGUGGAACUUCUGAGGAAGUUGUUAGACUCAUUAAAAGUGCUCAUUAUGAUAAGCAGAUACAGGAAAUCUGUAGCAGCACUCCAAGUCCGCAUAAUAAAUGAAGCACAGAUGGCGCCCUUCUUCUCUAAGGUCCGAAGUUUGCCACCCGACCGUAUUUGUUUACAAUUCAUUAAAGAGGAGCAAUAUUAUUUAGUUGUUACGUUCAAACCCGACAACAACUUGUCGAUCGAAGUUGGACUAUUCUUAAUUAGCGUAGCGGAAGAAAAUGUCCAAUUACUAGAACUUGUUAAAGAUUUACCUCAUGUUGCUGCUCCGCUUGAUCGUAUCGUUACUCUCGAAGCUAAUACAUAUGGAGCUACCAAUGAAGAAGAUGAUUGGAAACCUCAACCGAAGAGACAAAAAAUAGAACGUUCAAUGGAAAGACAAUUGCCGCAAGCAGUUUCAUCUGUGGAUGAUCGUUUAUCUUUCAUGAAAGUAUGCUUAGAGUUAGACAAAAAGGUCAUAAGAUAUAUGAGUGUGGACAACGAGCCUCAUGUUGGUGGUCUCGUGCUGCACAUAACUGAACUCUCUCAAGUUUUGGAGAAGAAAUGUCCGGACUUUUUGAAAAAACUUGUUCGAUGCUGCAUUCGUCUGGAUAACAAAAUGAGAAUACAAUGGCCGUUUGAAUGUUGUAUGAUAAACGCUCCCCUCACUAGAGACUGCCGGAAAGAUGCUUAUCGCAAUCAGGUUUGUACUUGGGUUCAAGACAUGACAUCAAAUGGCACUAAUGGUAACGAGGGUAUAGCACAAUGCAUAGUAGAGAGACUCACUCGAUACUUGCACAUUUAUGAGAUAGUUAACAAGUUUGCUAUAGCUUAUAAAGCUCAUUAUCACAAAUAUUGUAACGUUGUUUGUUACACGUAUCAUAAGCUCAUUCUGGCUUAUGGAGAAAAGCGUGAUCAACUACUCAUAAUAUCAUUCAAACCGACACCACCAUUGGAAGGGUACAAGCUUACAUUUGGCCAGGCUCUUUCUCGGGAGCAGCCCGACUAUAUUGAUGUAUGCUGGGAGAAGGAAAUCAAUUGGAAUCCACAUUCUCUUAUGUCAGGGAUCCUCAAUACGAAGUUUAACAAGGAUAGAGAUUUGACGGAUUUGGUUCAUUAUUUGAUUUCUACAGCGAUACCUCUACAGGCUUUGUCUACUUUCAGUAGAGUGAGAUACCAGUCCUGUAAAGUCAUUGCCCAAGUCUUCAAUGUAGAUUUGCCUUUCCCAGUGCGCUUAAAGUGUCAUUUGUCGUACAUAAAUGAACAAACUGUUCGUUUAACAUAUGGAUCUGUUCACCUUGAGUUCGCAUUCCUCCAAGAAAAUCAAGUAGCUGUUAGAGAUAGCUCUCGUGUAUUACCACGUGCUGCCGGACUUCUACAGUUUUUCACUUUGAUAGCGGAACAAAUUGGUUCAACGGUUAGUAAUGAAGAUCAAGAUAAAGUCAAACAUACAGAAUCACCAACUCCACGACCUGAAUCUCUUCCACAACAUUUUGAGACUUCUCCUGCGGGAUAUAAUAGUAGUUUGUUAUCUGUCCCUGCACAAAUGGAAGGUGGAUCACCAUCCGGAACAGCUUCUCCUAAUCGCGGGGUUAUGAGUGUAUCGUCAACUCCUUUCAUUAUCGGUCAUUCAACGUUAGUGAGAGCUUGCGAAUUCACCGAAGUGGAAGGUGGACGUAUGUAUUCUCCGUUGGAUGAUUAUCUAUCUCAGCUCAAUUAUCUGGAGCGGAUGGCUGCUGUUUUCGAAGCAUGCAAAAACGGCACGACUCAAUGUAUUCCAUCUGGAACUAUCAAAGACGUUACACACGAGCUCGAUUUUGUACGGGUCUCCGUUUAUGGAGUUCAACAUCAACAGGGUUUCAAUGGAAACGUAGCAAACAUCAUAACUUUCCACUUUUACAUUGAUCCUUCUACAAUGACUCUUAAGCUUCAAUUACAUUACUCGGACUUCGGACCUGGGCCAAAUGAGCAAGCUAUGAUCGAACGUUAUUUCACGAAAGUUGUUAUGGGCUUAAAUAAUGAAUUAGCAACUCUAUCUUUCAUUCAAUUAUGCCGGAUGACCAAUCACAACGCUGUGACAUGUAUUGCCCGAGUGAUGGACUUACAAAUGGAAAAUAAUACUUUCAACAUUCAACUUGUAUAUUUGGCUCGUGAGCCUAAUGUUACUGCUCGAAAGUUCUGCUGUGGAGUCAUAAUCGAUUCAACAACCUCUUAUAUUUUGAUUUUGGUCAGUUUCCGCUAUAAACAACACCGUAUGCCCGAUAGACAUAUUUUGAAGCUAUUAUAUUGUUCCAAAUCUAACACGGUGAAACAACAGGGAACAGAAGAUGACUUCAUUGGCUCUAUUCUAGCCGCUGCGAAUAACGAAUCUCUUAGAACAGGCGAUUGCCCAGUAUACACUGCAAUUCAUCAACUACAUGAAAGAGUGGUUGCUGGACUUCCUAUCGGAAGUAAUCAACUUGCCCGCCCACCUUCUGUUGGUGGAUACAUGCCUGGAUCUGUUGGAUCGGGAACUGUGAACAUAGGCUCAACUGGCGGUCCAGUAUCGGUUGGUAACAAUCCUGGUUCUAUAAUGAAUCCUGGCUCUAAUUCGGGUAUGUAA